AUGCAACGAUCGACGCGCUUCGCCCCUGCGCGACUCGCGAGUCCUGAUCUCCUCCGCCCAGCAAUGGCCGCUAAAUUCCCUUCCUCGCGCCCCGCCCCACCUUCUCCUCCUCGUCACCAUCGACCGUACCUCUCGCUCCCCUCGCCCUCUCGUGCCGCGCUCUCCUCUCGUGCCGCGCUCUCCUCUCGUGCCGCGCUCUCCUCUCGUGCCUCGCCCUCUUCUCAUGCCUUGCCCGAUCGACCACCAACCGUCCCACUCCCCGCCGCCCGUGCGCGCACCCCCGCCGCAUGCGCGCUCCCCUCUUCCGCGCGUCCCCUCCCCGUGGACCGUGCAACACGUCGCUCGUACGCGUUAACGGCGCGCAUGCAUGGGCGGGGGGGCUGGCUGAGGGGAUGGCGGCGUGCGUCCGCUUCUGAUGACAACAGUGCCAAAGAAACUGCUGACGUGGCACGCAGUGAGGAUUACACGCCUCAAUCUGACGUGGAUGAUGCUUCUGAUGACAUGGCGGAGGCGUCAGCAGCAGCGGCUGAGCUGGCAGCUGAGAUGGCGGGCGAGGCUGCGGCUCAGGCUGCUAGCGUGUACGCCGCCACGGCUGCUGCUGCGAGGAUGGAGGAGAACGUGGGGGAUGAGGAGGAGGGGAAAGGGGAGGGCAGUAAGGGGGCGGUGUCAGCUGCAGUGGACGCUAGGGAGUCUGCUGCUGGCGGCGCUCCCUCUGAUGUGAAAAAGGAGAGCCAGCAGCAGCAGCAGCAGCAGCAGCAGCAGGAGAUUCAGCAACAGGAGGAGCAGCAGAAGGAGCAGCAGCAGCCGCCCAAUGGCCCGCCGCCUCGUCAGCUCCAAUCCUCCAGCGCGCCAGCUGUGACGGGGCUGCGGCGCACGGUGUGGGGGCAGGAGGGCGUGGCGCCACAGUACCCCCCGUUACAGGAACACGUGACUGUAGACGUGGCGGUGGUGGGUGGCGGCAUCAACGGGCUGAGCGUGGCGUACGCGCUGCUGGAUAAACACCGCAAGGCCAGGGGCGGGGGAGGAGGAGGCAAGGACCUGUCAGUGGUGGUGCUGGAGGCACGGGCCAUUGGUUCAGGCCAGACAGGGCGCACCACAGCACAUCUCAUGCCGUGGAACGACGACUACUACAGCGUGCUCGAGCGCCUCUUCGGGCGGCGCCGGGCGGCGCUGGUGGGCAGGAGCCACGUGGCCGCCAUUGAUUGGGUGGAGCGUGUGGUGCGGGAGCACGGCAUCGAGUGCGAGUUUGAGCGAGUGGAUGGAUACCUCUUCCCGCAUGACAACUCCGAUGAGGCGAACCGCAAUAUGCUGGAGGAGCUGGCAGCGUGUGAGCGCAUCGGCCUGUCGGACACCUCUCUGGUGGACCUGCAAGGCGACCCUGCCCUCGGCUCGCUCUCCUCUGCUCUCCGCUUCCCCAACGCCGCUGACUUCCACCCGCUCAAGUACCUUCAUGGGCUAGCAAGUGUGAUCACGGGCGUGGGAGGGAAGAUCCAUGGGAACACGCGGGGGCUAGCGAGCGCAGUGACUGCAAUGGGAGGGAAGAUCUACGAGAACACGCGGGUGAUCCGCAACUCCUCGCUCUCCACCACUCUCGAGCUCAACACGGGCGUGCGCGUGACAGCUGGCAGCGUCGUAUUGGCCACCAACUCGCCCAUCAACCACAACCUGGCGGUGCACGCCAGGCAGAGCGCCUACCGGACCUAUGUGGUGGGGCUGGCUGUUCCCAAGGGCAGUGUGCGGCGCGCCCAGUGGUGGGACACCGCGUCGCCCUACCACUACGUGCGCAUCGCUCCCGGCCCGAGCGAGGCGGAGACAGACACGCUGAUAGUGGGCGGUGAGGACCACCCCACGGGGGUGCUGGCGCCUAAGGAGUAUCCCCAGGCAUAUGCGCGGCUGGAGAAGUGGGCGCGGGAGAGGUGGACGAGCGCAGGAAAAGUCGUUUUCAGGUGGACGGGCCAGGUGAGAAUUCUGGAUGUGCCCCUGCUCCCGGCCCUGGCCCUGGAGGAAGGGGCGGAGGCAGACACGCUCAUAGUGGGGGGUGAAGACCACCCCACAGGGGUGCUGGCAUAUGCACGCCUAGAGAAGUGGGCGCGGGAGAGGUGGACGAGCGCUGGACGAGUGGUCUUCAGGUGGACGGGGCAGGUGGGUUCUGGGUGGGUGCUUUCUGGGCGGGAGGAGUGCAGACGACGCUGUGCUGUGCUGAUGCGGCCCAAUGACAACCCACCAACCUUCUCUUGCUGCUCUCCUGCCUCUCUCAUUGCAUGCCUCUUCUCUUCUGCUCCCCCUUCCCCCUCGGCACGCCAGGUGUACGAGCCAGUGGACCUCCUGGGGCUGUACGGCAGGAACCCUCUCGUGAACCGACCGUCCAAGGACAUUUACAUCGUCACAGGCAACAGUGGGCAGGGCAUGACGGGCGGCACCAUAUCCGGGCUCGUGGUAUCAGAUUUGAUUCUGUCGGGGCGCAGUGAGUGGGAGGAGCUGUACGACCCACGCCGCCUGCCACCGCUCUCCCAGGAGACAGCUCAGAGCAUCGCAAGCAUCACGGCACACACUGCCCAGGGCUACGCCUUUGACUUGCCAAUCGUGCCGGGAGAUGAGCGCUCGGUGGACAGGGUGAAGCCGGGGGAGGGUGCGCUGGUGGCGGUGGGGCUGCACAAGCAGGCCGUGUACCGCACGGAGGGGGGCGAGCUGAAGCAGUUCUCAGCCAUCUGCCCGCACCUCAAGUGCGCGGUCAGGUGGAACCCCAACGACAAAACUUUCGACUGCCCGUGCCAUGGGUCCCAGUUUGACACGUCAGGGAGGGUGAUUCAAGGCCCUGCCAAGGCCAACCUCUCCCCCGUCUCCCGUGAUGGCUGCUGUGGUUGA